AUGCCGGCCCUCCUGCUCCUCGCGCUCCUGGCGGUCACCUCGGGUCAAGCCGGGGCGCGCCCGUCCAACACCACAAGCGCCGAGCCGCCGGGCCCGCUGCCCGCCCUGCUGGCACACCUGCGGCGCCUGACUGGGGCGCUGACUGGCGGCGGUGGCACGGCGGGCCCGGGCGCUAACGGCACCAGAACGAGCCCCUCAGGCGGGGCGGGCGCUGCUGCGCGGGCGCCCCCUCCCGCCGAGCUCUGCCACGGUUACUACGAUGUCAUGGGCCAGUACGACGCCACCUUCAACUGCAGCACCGGCUCUUACCGCUUCUGCUGCGGCACCUGCCACUACCGUUUCUGCUGUGAGCACCGCCACAUGCGCCUGGCGCAGGCCUCCUGCUCCAACUACGACACGCCCCGCUGGGCCACCACGCCUCCGCCGCUAGCUGGGGGUGCCGGGGGCGCUGGGGGUGUGGGCGGGGGGCCAGGACCCGGCCAGGCCGGGUGGCUGGAAGGGGGCCGGGCAGGAGGACCUGGGGGCCGCGGGGGCGAAGGCCCUGGGGGCAGCACUGCCUAUGUGGUGUGUGGUGUCAUCAGCUUUGCCCUGGCCGUGGGCGUCGGCGCCAAAGUGGCCUUCAGCAAGGCGUCGCGGGCGCCCAGGGCUCACCGAGAGAUCAACGUGCCCAGGGCUCUGGUUGACAUUCUGAGGCAUCAGGGGGGGCCUGGGACCCGCCCGGACCGGGCCCGAAGUAGCUCCCUGACCCCUGGGCUGGGAGUUUCCGACAGCAUAGCCCCCAGGACACCUAAGAGCCUCUACAACACCGUGAAGCCCACCAACCUCGACUGGCGGGCCAUACCACCGCCCAGCCCCUCCUUGCACUACUCCACGCUGUCCUGCUCUCGUUCCUUCCACAAUCUCUCCCAUCUGCCCCCAUCCUACGAGGCCGCUGUGAAGACUGAGCUGAACCGCUACUCCUCCCUCAAGAGACUGGCUGAGAAGGAUCUGGACGAGGCCUACCUGAAGCGCCGGCACCUGGCGGAGAUGCCCCGUGGAACGCUGCCCCUGCACGCGCUGCGGCGACCAGGGACUGGGGGCGGCUACCGCAUGGAUGGCUGGGGCGGCCCCGAGGAACUGGGCUUGGCGCCUGCGCCCAACCCACGGAGGGUCAUGUCCCAGGAGCAUCUGCUGGGCGACGGGGGCCGCGCCUCACGCUACGAGUUCACGCUGCCACGCGCACGCCUCGUGUCGCAGGAGCACCUGCUGCUGUCCUCGCCUGAGGCCCUGCGCCAGAGUCGCGAGCACCUGCUGUCACCCCCACGCAGCCCCGCGCUGCCCCCCGACCCCACCACCCGGGCCGGCCUAGCCGCCUCGCACUCUAACCUGCUGCUGGGGCCCGGAGGGCCCCCCACGCCGCUGCACGGGUUGCCUUCGUCUGGCCUACACGCCCACCACCACCAUGCCCUGCACGGCUCCCCGCAGCCCGCCUGGAUGUCCGACGCCGGCGGGGGCGGGGGCACACUGGCGCGCAGGCCACCCUUCCAGCGCCAGGGCACGCUGGAGCAGCUGCAGUUCAUUCCUGGCCACCACCUGCCCCAGCACCUGCGCACUGCCAGUAAGAACGAAGUGACCGUUUGA